AUGGACUAUGGCCGUGGCCAUGCCCGCGUGAAAUAUGCGGCAGUUGACGCGGCACAUCGAAAACAUGGCAAAGUCGUCCGUAUUGGUUUCAACCAUGUGUCUAUCGCCGAUGAACGGGCUUUGAACGUUGUUUAUGGACACGGAAAUGGGUUCCUCAAGGAUCACUAUUAUGAAGCAUUUGUAGCGCGAACUCCGGGCAUGUUCAAUGUUCGCGACCGAGCCGAACACACGCGCAAGCGGAAGAUUAUAUCGCAUGCCUUCUCUCCCAGGUCAGUUGCUGAGUUUGAGCCGUUUAUGGCGGAAAACCUACUGCGAUGGAUAACACAGCUGGACCGGAUCGCGGCUUCUCAGCCACAAAAUAGUGGGAAGGAGUUUGCUCGGUACAACGCAAUGCCCUGGUUUAGCUACCUUGCUUUUGACAUAAUCGGAGAUUUAGCAUUCGGUUCACCAUUUGGAAUGGUAAACAAGGGCAAAGAUGAGACUGAGACGCAGCUGGUGACUGGAGGACCCAUUUCAUACACCCCGGCAGUCGAUGUGUUGAAUAGACGAGGCGAGAUCUCUUCAACUUUGGGCCUCCUUCCAGCAUUACGUCCAUGGGCCCGAUAUCUCCCCGAUCCAUUUUUCAGCAAGGGCGUAGCGGCCGUGGAGAACCUGACGGGGAUUGCUGUCGCCGCUGUCGGGUCACGACUCGAUGCUGCAGAGAAGGGAAUGGUCGAUUCGCGCAACGAUAUUCUUUCGCGCUUACUACAGGCAAAAGAUGCCAAUGGAAGGCCAAUGGAACGGGAUGAGCUCAUUGCAGAGGCUCUGACACAGCUUAUCGCUGGCUCCGACACAAUAUCUAACACGGCCUGCGGGAUAUUUUACUGGAUCCUGCAUGGAGAACGCAGAGCCCCGGGCACGAUCAUUCCCCGAUUGCAAGAGGAAUUGGACCAAGCAAUUGACCCCGAAGCAAAGAUUGCAUCUUAUUCCGAGAUCAAAGAUCUCCCAUUUCUGCGAAGAUGCAUUGACGAAGCGAUGCGACUUCAUUCUACUUCGGCUAUCGGUCUGCCACGUUUGGUUGCCGAUCAUAGCCCCGGUGUCGAUUUUGAUGGCUUCCACUUUCCCCCUGGAACUGUACUUUCAGUACCCUCGUACACUAUUCAUCAUAUGAAGGAUAUUUGGGGAGACGACGUCGAAGAAUUCAAGCCUGACCGCUGGUUGAACCUGACUGCCAGACAGAAAACCGCAUUCAACCCAUUCUCAUAUGGUCCCCGGGCAUGUGUUGGACAGAACGUCGCCAUUAUGGAGCUGCAGCUGAUUAUUGGAACUUUGUUUUAUCGAUAUGAGUUCGCGUUGUACCAGCCAAUCAUGGAGUCACAUGAAGGAUUCUCGAAGAAGCCCAAGGAGUGCCAUGCAGGCCUUAGACUCAGAAAGUGUAGUUGA